ACGACUCGGGAGUUAGGGCGGCGGGGGGCUGCUGGAGCCUGGUCACCGACGCCCCAGUCAGCAUCGUGUGACAUUGCCACAUUUCUGGGUGCAGGUCAGCCAAUACAACCAUUUAAGUUGCUUCAACGAUAAUGGAAAAGUAUGAAAAAUUAGCUAAGAUUGGAGAAGGGUCUUAUGGGGUCGUAUUCAAAUGCCGAAACAAAACCUCUGGACAAAUGGUGGCUAUUAAAAAAUUUGUGGAAUCUGAAGAUGAUCCUCUUGUUAAGAAAAUAGCACUAAGAGAAAUACGUAUGUUGAAGCAAUUAAAACACUCAAACCUUGUGAACCUCAUUGAGGUAUUCAAAAGAAAAAGGAAAAUGCAUCUGGUUUUUGAAUACUGUGAUCACACACUUUUAAAUGAGCUAGAAAGAAACCCCAAUGGAGUUGCUGAUGGAGUAAUCAAAAGUGUAUUAUGGCAAACACUUCAAGCUCUUAAUUUCUGUCAUAAACAUAAUUGUAUUCACCGAGAUGUAAAACCUGAAAAUAUUCUAAUAACUAAGCAAGGCAUAAUCAAGAUUUGUGACUUUGGGUUUGCACGAAUUCUGAUUCCAGGAGAUGCCUACACUGAUUAUGUUGCUACAAGAUGGUACCGAGCUCCUGAACUUCUUGUGGGAGAUACUCAGUAUGGCUCUUCAGUCGACGUGUGGGCUACUGGCUGUGUUUUUGCAGAGCUCCUGACAGGCCAGCCACUUUGGCCUGGAAAGUCAGAUGUGGACCAACUUUACCUGAUAAUCAGAACACUGGGAAAACUAAUCCCAAGACAUCAGUCUAUCUUUAAAAGUAACCAAUUUUUCCAUGGCAUCAGUAUUCCUGAACCAGAAGACAUGGAAACACUUGAAGAAAAGUUCUCAGAUGUUAAUCCUGUGGCUUUGAAUUUCAUGAAGGAGUGUCUGAAGAUGAACCCAGAUGGCAGACUGACCUGUGCCCAACUCCUGGAGAGCCCCUAUUUUGACUCUUUUCGAGAGGACCAUAUGAAAAAAAAAGCACGAAAUGAAGGAAGAAACAGAAGACGCCAACAGUCUGCCUUUCCUAGGCUUUUCCUGAAAUCAAAGAUAGGCUCUGGCCAGAUACAAAAAGGGGAAACCCAGACAUCUGGGAACCAAAUCCUAGCCUAA